AUGGUUCUCGCCAUGCUGGGGGCUCUGCAACCCAGGGCCAGCCUCAGCCUCUUCCUCCUCUGCCUUGUCCUGGCAGCCACACUCCUUCACCCGCAGCCCCUGAGGUCUCAGCGCUCUGUUCCUGAGGAAUUUUCGGCCUCCCUGCAAGUCCCACAGCCACUUUCCGGCCUGAUGGAUGACUAUGGGGUCCGCCCCAAGCACCCACGGCCACGGGGGCCCCGACCCCUCCUCUCCCAGGCCCAGCAGCGCAAGCGGGAUGGACCAGACAUGGCCGAGUAUUACUACGACACAUAG